AUGUCAUUCCCUCAACCUAAACUCACUUACAAAGCAUGGGCUUACAAGAAUGGUAACAGUCCAAUUGAGAUUGUUGAAGAAUCAAUUGAUUUAGUAAAAAACUCCCAAGGUCAAGGUUACACUGCUCCUCCAGGUAAGAUUUUACUUAAGAUCUACUAUGCUUCAUUGAACCCAGGCGAGUACAAAUUAUACAAGGUCAAACCGUCCUUUAUCGGAUGGUUUAACCCUAAACAAGGGUUCGGCCGUGAUUUUGCUGGUGAAGUCGUUUCGAUUGGUGAAGGAACGCAAACUAAUUUGAAAAUUGGUGAUUAUGCUGAAGGUAUUUACACUCCAAUGUUCGCUCGAGGAUCAGCAGCAGAGUUUUUAUUGUUGGACCCCAAGACAUCACCAAUUACUAAUAAGCCAGCAAACAUUGAUCUUGCCCAAGCUUCUGCAUUCCCAUUGGUUUUGGGAACAGCUUUGCAAUUGAGUACAAGAGGUGGCAUCAAACUCCCCAACAGUAAAGUCUUGGUGAUUGGCGCCGGUACCUCUGUUGGUAGGUAUGUGGUUCAGUUGGCUAGAAACGGUGGUGCAAAAGAAGUUGUCACCACCAAUUCAUCUAGAACAUCUGAAUUGAUUCGUAGUUUGGGUGCAACUUCGGAAAUUGACUACCAUAAAAACCCCAAUUUAUUAACUCCAGUAUUGGAAAGUGUCAAAUCCACUGGUCAAUUUGAUUAUAUUAUUGAUUGUUGGGGUGGCGAUGACUUGUUUCCUGAAAUCAGCACCAUCAUAAGAAAAGGCGGUGUAUACAACACCAUUGUUGGUGAUGCUCCAGGUGCCGGAUUAGCUGCAUUGAUUGGUGGCGUCAAGUCAAUCACCAGAACCAUUAGAUCGAAAUUGGGCUUGUUGGGAUACACUUAUGAGUUAAUGUUGUUGGACAACAACGCUGGAUGGAUCGAUGAAGCUAGAGAUUUGAUUGCCAAUGGUGAAUUGAAGGUUUUCAUUGAUUCAGUUUACCCGUUCCAAGAAUUGAAUGAAGCUAUUGAGAAAUUGGAAAGUGGUAGAGCUCAAGGUAAAAUUGUUUUGGAAGUUUCAAAGCCUGACACUACCAGUUCAACAAGUGGAUCUACAAGUGCAACAAACACCAAUCCAUUUAAAUAA